AUGGAGCUGCUAAUUUAUUUCAGCAAUCGUCCUUCCGGAGAACCGCCCCUUACUCUGGAUACGAUUCCAGUUGAGAUUCUUCACCACAUCUGCACAUUCUUUUGCGACCACUGUGAUCCGAUGAAGAAUUCUCAGAUCGAGAACUCUACGAACCACAACCCAAACGAGGGCAAGAAAGACCUUCUCAACUUGUGUCUCACAUCACGAGCCUUGUGCGGCGUGGCUCAAGGCGUGCUCUUCCAUCACUUCUCAUUUGGACGUCACCUCAACCACGGCGGCCCUGUGGCAUUCCGGCUCGCUGCCUCGUCUUUCCUCCAGGCCUUGUCGAACAAGCCACACCUCCGGGUUGUUGUCAAGGAACUGAAGAUCAAGACCAAGCGGGAUACUUUGUAUCCGAGGCUUUUUGGCUUUCGUUCGCUGACCGAGGCCGACCAGCAUAGUGCAGAGCUCGUCCGGACCCUGGGAGCCGAGACCGGAAUGCAGUUCCGCUACGAUGAACUCCAGCCCUCUGACUUGCGAGAGGCAAUGAUCCAACUCAUGAUUGCAGCGUGCCCCAAUAUCUCCAAGGUACAGAUCCAAAUCCCACGCUACUGGACCUUUAAUAAACUUGUGGGACGCAACUACACAAAGAGCAGCACUAACCGACAACCGCUUUCUUCGCUUCAGACUCUGGACGCACUUGUUGAACGACUUCCCACUGACGACUGCGAAUUUCCUCACCAGCUUUGCAAUCUGCCAGCUUUUGUAAGUCUCUCUGAGCGUGCUCUGGUUGCCGGUUCGGCCUCGAGACUCGAGACCCUGAAGUGCACACUCGGUGCUCUAGAGAAUGCACCCGACAUGCCACGACUGGAGGUGCUCAAAUUGGACGUCCGGGGCUCAUUCUCUGGCGACUUGAAGGCGCUGUUCGCUAAGAUGCCCAAGCUCCGAGAACUAACCUACUGCUCGUCUAACAAGCACGGUCCGCUUCCUAUUGAAGUCAACGCCGCCUUGAGAGACCACCGCGAGACGCUUGAGGUUCUGGCGAUCCACUUCUGGAAGGCCGAUUACGAGGACCUUGUCAUCCUGGAUCCGACCAUCGACAACACCGAAUUCCGCCUCGGCCUCGUUAACGACUUCACCAACCUCAAGGCCCUUAUCAGGAUCCGCGAAGCCAGCGAGAAGGUGUCUCAGGAGGAGUCAUUCCAAUCGAUCAGCGAUACCCUCCCCGAGUCUCUCGAGAUGCUCUGCGUCCACGCCCCGGACAUGGUUUCUAAGCCUGACUACGCGCCUCUCAUGGAGGUGGCGGACCGGGUUCGAGAGGGAAGGUUCAAGUCCCUGAAGCAUGUCCUGUGGACCAGGAAGCAGAGCCGUAGCUACCCAUCUGGACUCGGCUGGCUUAACCCUCAGGAUGAUAAGCGGAAGAGCGGAGUGUAUUUUAUUGGUGGGGUGGAACCCGAGACUGCGGUGGACUUGAGGAAGAGGUACCCCAUUCUGACGACCAUGCUGAAUUAUUACUAUGUCUGA